UGGCAACACUGUUAUAACACUUGGCGUAGGCAAAAUUGUGACAGGUUUAGUGUUGGCUGCUGCUGCUGCUGCUAGCAACCUAUAUUAUAUUACGGAACUUUCAUUCUAAGAUAAGUUUUUAAGAUGGAACUGAGGAUAAAGAAGCUGUAAGUGUCUUAGUGGUUGACUCUCCUCAAGGAUACUCUGACCAGCCAACAUGUCAAUCAACGGUAUCUUGAAACGAGCAUCAAGCUUUUUAGGCAUAAGUUAUACUGAUUCCUCCAAGCCAGCGUAUGAAGAUGGAGAUAUUGUUUUCUGCAAAAACAAUGUUUGCGUACACCCUCCAUCGUGUUAUCGUGGGGACAGGGAGAGGGUGCACCAUCCAGGCUACUUGGUUAUUAAGUGUCAGACAGAUACGACUCACGGGACCACACUCCACCUGAACUGGAUUCCAAAUGAUCGCCUUUGUCGGAACCACGAACUUAUAUCUCACAUGAACCUGGAUGGAAGUAGCCGCAGUAAUUCACCAUACCCAACAUCAGAUUCUGAAUCACUUUCAGUCUCCUCUUUGGUAAUACAUGACAGUAGUGGAACAUUAAGAAAGACUUCAGUGGAUGAUGCUGCCACUAUGUCAACAUCGGGUAUCUCCACCCUGGAUACAACCAGUGAAGUUACACAGUCCAAGGGCGAGGCGAGUCCCAACAGUGAUGGCAGCAGCUGUGAUGGUCAACACAAGGAUGAUGUUGAGGAUGAUGCUGAGGAGAUAAAGGAAGACAAGGAGAUGAUUGAUGAAGUGAAGGAUCAGCAGGAUGAGGGAGUUGAAUAUACAAGAGAAAAUAAAGUAAUCACUGAUGAAUAUAAUGAAGAGUUGUGUACACAAAGUACAGAGCAUUUACAGAAGGAAUGGCAGCUACCUGAAAGUGAACAAAGUGAUGCAGUUUCACUUGAAAAACAACUUACAGAGGACAAGGUUCAUCAGAUAAGUGAAAAUGAUGUAUUUAAAGAAGACAAUUCUUCUUGUAGUAAUGAAGUAACAAGAGAGCCUGUUGAUGAGACAGUUGUUGCAGGCAUGAAGUGCAGGUAUAUAUCUUCAGAUAGCAGCUCAGAUGGAGAUAAACUUGGGGAAAGUUUGACGACCACAGAGACUAUGCAGAGGUCAAGUUCUCUUGGACAACUCACCAGUGAAAGAGAAGAUAGUUUGGGGUCUUCUCCAGAACCACAGUUAUCUCCUCCACCUCACUACUUCACUUCUAGUAAUGGAGAACAGUACUGGUAUGAACGAAGUGCAGAAUCUAUGGCGUACUCUGCCAAUCUGGCGUUCCCAGAUUCAUCAUUGUCAUCCUUCUGCCCAACUCCUGUUGAUGGUGGAUCCUCUCCAGUUAGACGACAGCACAAGUGUGGCAUCUUCAGCAUUGAUGUCAGACAGAGUAAGUCUCUGAGGCUGUUCUUCAGUGACCAAGAUCACACCUGUGGCCAGUUGGUGAUUGCCAGCAGGGAGAGCCAGUACAAGAUCUUCCACUUCCAUCAUGGUGGUCUAGACAAGCUGGCUGCAGUAUUUGAGGACUGGAACUUUUUAGUUAAACCCAGAGAUGAGGAAAUUCCCACACCAGAUGCAGCCCUUAAACAGUUCCUUGUGUGCAUGCCACAUGUGAGUGAGUCUGAGCUUCAUCCAGAAGAGGGUCAACAUAAAUGCCUGGACCCUGAUACCUGGAUCACCUACUUCAAUGAGGAAGGACAAAUAGAAGAUGACCUUGCACUUAGGCGAGCUAUUUUCUUUGGUGGUGUGGAACCUCAACUGAGAGCCAAUGUGUGGCCCUUCCUCCUCCACUAUUAUGACUUUCGCACAUCGUUCCAGCAGCGACAGGCCAUCAUGGAGGAGAAACACCAGCUCUACCACAAGAUCAGCACAAUGAGAGAGAACAUGUCAGGUGAAGAACUGGAUUGGUUCAGAAGAAAUGUUCAGUGCACAGUUGAAAAAGAUGUGGUGCGCACUGACAGAUCUAAUCCAUGCUUUGCCGGCAACGAUAACCCCAACUUGGAGAAGAUGAAGAGGAUUCUUUUGAACUUUGCUGUACACAAUCCAGUCAUGGGGUAUACACAAGGCAUGUCUGAUAUACUUGCCCCAAUAUUGGCUGAAGUGCGCAAUGAGGCUGAUGUCUUCUGGUGCUUCACUGGCUUAAUGAGCAAGACCAUCUUUGUCACAUCACCCAAGGAUGAGGACAUGGAAAAGAACUUGAGUUACUUGAGAGAAUUAUUACACCUCAUGACACCGCGCUUCUUCGAGCACAUGCAGCAACAGCAAGAUGGGAUGGACCUUCUGUUCUGUCAUCGCUGGAUACUUCUUUGCUUCAAGCGAGAAUUUGAUGAGAAUCAGGCUUUAUCCAUGUGGGAAGCAUGUUGGAGUAACUACCAAACAGACUACUUCCACCUGUUUCUGGUGGUGGCCAUUGUAAGCAUGUAUGGAAAGGAUGUUGUGGACCAGAAUCUACGACCCGACGAGACAUUACUGUACUUCACUUCAUUAGCCAAUCAUAUGGACGGUCAAAUGGCAUUGAAAAAGGCUCGGGGACUUCUACACCAGUACCGUAGCAUGAGCCACUUACCCUGCACGUUAAUGGGACUGUGUGAACUCUGUGGUCCAGGAAUGUGGGACUCUGGCCACGUACCUGUUGUGACGUGUAAAGGACAUCUAGAUAAUAAACCGUGCCCUCUUAACCAGUCAUCUUCUUCCUCUGCAAACGACCCUUCCAGCACUGCUUCCUGACACACCACCAGGAAAGUGCUUCAUCAGCUGGUUUUAUGCAAGUGAGAUGGAGGAAUGAUGAUAGGUAGGUGGUGCAGCAGGUGAUACAUAGUACAGUAUGAGGAAAUAUAUAAAAUGAGUGUUACAGAGCAGCUGAAGGUAAUAUAUUAAAAGACUUACUGAAGACAUCUUGAUAGGGAUUUAGAAAAUACACAAAAAUUAUAGAACAUUGCUUUGAAUAUUAUAGAACUGUAUUUCAAAAUUAAGGUAUAAUAAUAAAUGUACUCUGAUAGAAUAAGAGAUACAGUACAUAGAGUAAAUCAGGGAAUGAGAAAAGAAAAGUUGAGGACAAGCUUCAGGCGAGAGAUAGAUCAGUGACAGAGAAAAAGAAAGAGAAGGAUUUGAGAAUAGAGGGUGAUAUUUCAUAGUGUGUUUGGAUAUACAGAAUGACAGGCUAAUAGAUAGCAUAAGUUGAAACAUCGAACAGGAGAGCAAAGCAGAGAUGGUACAAAGAUGGAGAUGAUUUUUUUAAACGAGUUAACAUGGUAAAGCUUGAGACAUAAAUAAUACUGUACAGUCACCCAAUAAACUCCUGUCGCCUCUCCUGAAUCAUGAACCCAAAGAUUCAGACUCGUGUAUCUGAAGCAUUUAUGGACAGAAUAAUGUAUCAAUCUACUGCUUCAGGUUCACUAGUCCAAAUCUCGGGUUUUGUGGUUCAGGGGAAGGGGCGAACGGACCUUAGUAGUUGACUGUAUGUGAAAUUAUUAGAAAGAUACCAAAAGAAAAAUGAUAAUUAGUUCCUAAACAGAGAAAAGUAAUAUCUGAAGAGAACAAUACUAGCACCUAAAAGAUGUUUCAAAAGAGAUAGAUGUCUUAGGGCCAUACAGUACAGUACAGUCAACCCUCACUUUACGCGGUUAAUGUAACCCACAGGGUACCGCGGAAAGUGAGAAACGCGUAAAGUGAAUAACAUAACAUAUGGGAUUAAAUGAAA